CCAUCUCGUCCCGGUUACACAUCCUUUCGUGGAAGAGGUAAGCACGUACCGAAGUCCCGCGACUCGUUUCCCCCAUUUCUCCUCUAACCGUUUCCACGCAAUUACUAGUCCUCCCUGUGUCUCUGCGCGUACGCUAGAGAAUGAAAGCGAGUACCAGCGCUGUUACUGCUGAUGAUGCUUCUUCGGAGGGAAUGACAAGGGUCGGUGCGAUUAACUUGAACAUUCUUCACAAUUUUCUUCACGUUCUAUUGCAUCAAAUUAAUCUGAGAACAACCAAAGUCGAAUAUAGAGGAGAAGAUGCCAAACGAAUAAAAACAAUGGUAGCUUCGGCUAAAGCUGGUCCAUCGUUGCAUCUUCACGAGUACAGCAUCACCGACGGUACCGAUAAAGUGAAACAACGUAUUCAUAGUACAGAUCAAGUGACGAUAAACGUAGACGUUUUUUCGGAAGCUGUUCAGGCGGCAAACGGUACUGCUGUUAAAAAAACGAAAGGUAUUAAGCAACAAAUAACUUCUGGAUCCGAAGGAGAAUGUCAAAAUGUUAUUUUCGUCGAGCCAAUUAUCGAUGGCUCCACUCCGACUGCAUUGGCUUUCAAAAAGCUCGAACAAAGUGUAGAACAUCUUGAGCAACGAUUUGAAGCAUUAGAAGAAUUGUCUACUAAUCCUGAAUUGGUUGAACGAUUGAAAGGCAAUAUCACAGAUCCUUUAGUAGACAUGUGGAAUAUUAUUAACAUAAACAAAAGACUCGAUGCAGCUGAGCAAGGAAUCGAUAAGCUCGCAUCGAUGGUUCAAGACGUAAUUAAAAGUGGAACGGAUCUUGAAAUUGUUGGCGAUCAAUUAAAGGCAUCGCGCGAUAAUAAAGAAAAAACCGAUAGCGAUAACAAUAACGUAAACAUUGACAAUGCUAAUACGGCAACUAUUAAUGAACCAAAUCAACAUACUUCUGGCGAUGAAGAGACAACCGAGAUCGAUGCUCCAAAUCCAGAAAAUGAAGUUUCAGAAUUCGAAACAAAAAAGGCGCCGACGAUAGAUGACAAACAAAACGAUUCUAAGCGAUUAGACGAAUUAAGAGAUCAAAAGAUUGAAAAGUGUUUCCAAAGUAUUCAGGCCGUGAAAACUACGAUUGACGUUGCUUUGACGAAAUUAGAAGAUCGUCUUCAUAAAUUAGAAACGAAAGAAAGAACAAUUGAUACGACAGCAAAGAUCGAUGACGAAUCGGCACCAACAUUGGCACCGGCCGAUGAGCAGUCACCUGACGAGUUAGAUAAACAAACAAUUCAUAUAUGUUUGGAGUACCUUCAAGAUUUCCAAACGAAAAUUGACAAUACAUUCAUCAAUAUGGAGGGUCGUCUUAAAAAAUUGGAGAAGGAUCACGAUGAACUUAUAGAAAAAUUGAAAAACGUUGCGAUACCAAGCGAAACCGGUGAUAGUGAUCUAAACGAAUUGGUAUCAAAGAUUCAAGAUAUUCAAGAGGAUAUGAGAAAAUUAAAUGAGACAGCUGAUCGUCUUAUGGGUGAUACGGAGGAUCGUGAAAUGAAUCUAAACGCGAUGUUAGAACAAAUAGAAUUGUUAAAAACGAUUAAAGCUGAUAAGGAAGAUCUCGAAGAUGCAUUGGCUGAUAAAGCUGACGCUUAUACAGUCAACAGAAAGGUUUCUCACGAUCAAUUUGAUGCUGCCUGCGAUGAUUUAACACGUGGAUUAGAGGAAGCUAUAAGUAAAUUAGGUAAACAGGAAUCGAUAUGGCAUCAAGCAUUGGAUGAAGUACAGAAAGAGAUCGAAGGAAAAGUAGAUAAGAUUGAGAUAACACCAUUGAGAGAUUUUGUCAAUAGUCGAUUAAAGUCGCUUCAAGAGAAAAUGAAACGUAUGGCUGAGAUGAGACGUGAGGCCGAAGCUGCUGGUACGAAAAAACUACUCAGAGACGUCCAAUGUAUAUCAUGUGAUAAAGAAGUAGUUAUGAGAACGGAAGAAACUGGCAAAUUUGAGGCACCUCCUAUGCCUUGCACGAUGAGUAUGAAACCUUAUCUAACUUAUGAAUUGGAUCAAGUUAGAAAGCAGCAAAGAAGAUUGCCUCAUAGUAGGAACAUGAUUCAAUUCGAGGCAGCCGUAUUGGAGGAGACUAGAAAAAUGAAAAUAUCUAAGGAAGAAUCAUUUGCGAAAUCUCCCAGAGAUCAUCUUUGCAAUCGUUAUUGCGGUGGAAGUCAUACGAUUACAACUCCCCAACAAAGGGUUAUGCGAAUGGGACAUUUUCUUACGCAAUGGGGACCAGAGAGUAUACAAUUAACAGAUGGUAUGAUAAAAGGAACCGACGGUAAGAUGUAUCGAAGUCGACCAUUGCCACCGAAAUAUGAUGUCUGCGGCGGUAUAGUUCCUUGUCCUGCUAACGAAGUUAUUACGUCUCAGGAAACUUCAAGAUGUACUGGAAAUAUGUCUCAGCCUUGGCAAACUGCACGAAGUACAUCAAGUGCCAAAAAAGGUAAUUCUGGAAGAAUAUCAACGAGAAAGAAAGAUGUCUGUCCAGGUAUUUCUACGGAACAUGAACAAAACGUGUCGGAAUCAAAUCCGAUCAAUAAAGUUGCUCUUGAAGUGCAAUCUACUACCGAGGCAUAACAUUUCCAACGAGGUAAAACAUUUUGCAAACAUUUAAAAAAAAUACGUACUCAUUUAUCAUAUGAAAAAGAAGAAAAAACAAAGAAAAUAAAUAAAACAAAAAUAUGAAAUAAUUACAAUUGUUUGCACCUGGAUAAUGGCAACACCUUGGACUUCGUCGAUAAUGUAGCUUGCUAAGUGUCGAUAACUUUUAUCUCUUAAUACAACCGUGUAACGUGUGUUGCAUAAGAUCAGGGAUAAUAAAAUAUAAUAUUACCGACAGAUAUUAAUUGAUUACUCAAUAAAACAUUAUAUAAUUAAAAUCUAAACAAAAACUCAUGUUUUCUUCAAAUUGUAUUUGAAAACACUACAAAAUGAUCAAAGAUUACCGAAGGACUUAUUAAAUGUUUUAUUAUUAAGGAGGAAUUCCAGAGUACACAAGACUAGCUAGCGAAGUCGAUUUCGGAACAUCGGUGGUCUGCUGCUAAAACAAUUAAAAAAAAAAAAAAAUAAACAAAAACAAAUACAGGAUCGCAUUUCAGAAAACGCAAUCGUACUAUUAUGCAUAUUACAUCUCUCUCUCUCUCUCUCUCUCUCUCUCUCUUUCUUCAUUUCUUUUUUUCUAUUUUUUUUUUUCGCGCUUUCUCUCAUUUAUUAUUGCACAUCACACACGUUUCAAAAAUUCUCUUACACAAAAUGGGUGUGUACACAGCAGUUUUAUGGGGGCAAACGAUCAUUAACGCACAAUUUUCCAUCUCUCUCUCUCUCUCUCUAUUUUUUUUUCUUUGUUCUUUUGUUUAUAUUCAUCAAUCGCAAAUCGACCUUCCCUUUCAUAUCGUAAACCCCCAUUAUCAGGGACUACUCGCUAACAUUAUUUUUUUUUUUUCGUAUUAAUAUAUAUAUAAUAUAUAUAUCUAUGUAUAUAUAUAUAUAUAUAUAUAUAUAUAUAUAUAUAUAUAUAUAUAUGUAUAUAUAUUAUUUAUGUACGCCAGAUCUAAACGCUACGUCAUAUAAAUUUCAAGGUACAGGAAGUAUCUACAAAGUUUUUAAUGCUACCACAUACGUUACUUGUUAAUUGUUUGUUUGUUAUUUUGUUAAUGUUGUUAUUGUAGUUGUUGUUGUUACUGUUGUUAUUGUUAUUGUUGUUGUUGUUACGACUACAUUCCCGUUUCUUUUGUUUUCUGUUAAAUGACGUUUCCUUUUUUCAUUACUUUUUUUUUUUUUGUUUUGUUUUCUUUUAUAUACUACGCAUCUUCUAAAUCUAGGAUUAAACUAUGAGAUUCCUUUCUUCGUUUUUUUUCUUUUUUUUUUUUGUUUUUUUUUUCUUUUGUUUUUUUUUAACCCA